CGGAAGGCAAGUCUCUGGUCCAUUACACACUUCCAGAAAAAUUUAGUACCCAGAGACUCACAUUACUGGGAGUGCUGUUUACUCACAAGUGUUGCACUCCAUUGAGAAAAACAAACAAACAAACCAGGAAGUUGCUGUUCUACUCAGGACUGACCAAGAAGCCAUGAAAUCCGUUACUGUGGGAGGCUUAGAAGAUUGCCUACUGAAUAAGGUGGACUUGAGGCGCCAGCAGAUUUCCCAGGCUAUGGAGGAGGUGCAGAAAGUCGUUCAUCAUUUGACCACAAACAUCAGCAACCAAGACAUUAGAUUUCAAGCUGUGCCUUACUCUGACACAUACAAUGAAAAUAUUAAGGUUUUGGCCCCCAGUCAGUUCCUUGUCACAGUCCCAAUAAAAGGCCUGGCUGGGUACAGGGGGGCCAGGGAGCAGCGCUGGCGGUACUACACCCUGCAGGGCACCAGGCUGCCCUGCCCUUUGCGGGACCCUGAGGGUCUGCAGCAGUGGCUGGAGGUAGGACAGUUUAUGAAGAGCCUGUGGCAGUGGCAUGAGACAGACGUGAACAUCGACGGAGACAUUGUGCCCGCUAAGGUCCUCCUGGUGUUCCGGAAGCUGGUGGAAAACGCAAUUAGAACCUGUCACCUCUCAGGUAAGGUCAGCAUGCUAGGAAACCGCUCUGCAGUUUGGAUUGCUGUGGAAACAUCUGCAUAUCAGGUGGAAUUGGAGCUGGCCCCCGCAGUGGAGAUCCCCACCACCUGGUCCGAGAAAGCUCGGUGGCCUCGAUGUCUGCAGCGCUGGCCUUCCCAAGAGAGAGUGGCGUGCAUCAAGUCGUUUGGGUUUAACUUGUUGCCGUGUUCAAAUUAUCACUGGCAGCUGAGCUUCCUCCGUGCUGAGCAGGUGUUGCUAGAACAGCUGGAUGAGGAUGGGGGCUGCCGUAGGAAGUGUUUUCAGGUCAUGAGGCAGCUGAAGGAGGACGUCUGGUGCCCAGGGAACAGGCCGGUCAUCACGUCCCACCAUCUGCAGACUGUGCUCUUUUGGACCUGCGAGAAAUAUCCCCACUUUAAAGACUGGAAGGUCUUCAGCAAAGCGUUUCUGCGCCUGGUGAGGAAAUUGCACAAGUGCGUGAGCCAGCACUUCCUGAAACACUAUUUCGUCCGGAACAGCAACCUCUUUCAGUGCACCAACCCGAUCGAAAUGGAUGCUGUGGCCCAAAAACUGGCCACCUUCCUGAAGAACCCCCAGAUCAGCCCGCCCUGAUGGCUGCCCCAGCCUGGGAGGCUCUUGGACAUUUUAUUCUGGCUUAACCUUGUUCUUUGGAUGGUUCCUCAGUCAGGUGCCAGGAUCCUGCCUAGGAGAAAGGCCAUGAAUGGCAGCGGAAAUUACAUCAAACCAGUAACACUUCAGGAGGGAGGGAGGAAACUGUGCCCCAGGCUGUCUGGCCCAGGCCUCCCUGGAGCCCAGCAAGCAUUUCCACCCUAGCUACCUCUCCUGGAGACGGCUCUCAUCAGGCUUCCUCAGGCACAGAUUUAGAACUGGUGACAGUUCUGAACUUAGUUUCCCUUGUUCAGGCUCUGAUUGUCUCACAGUGAAAAUGGAGACAGAACCCCUGGAAGACAUGAGCCUGCUGGCCAAUACUGUGCCCAGCCCACCGAUCAUGGGUGCAUUCUCCUGUCAUUUUUAAAAUGGGAAUGUUAACGUGCCUACCUCUGAGCAGGGCUGUGUGCCUAUGAGACUGUGCUGGCACCUUUUCAAGGGGAAGACAUUGGAUCAACACAAAGUGUUCCUGUUGGUUGAGCAGCUGGUGUUUGCAUCCUGGAUCGGUACCCACAGCACUGACGCAAAAUUGCACCUGUUGAGUUAGCAAGCCUGUGCUUCCUUGCUGCCUUCCAGCUUCCUUAGCAUGUGGGUCAGUGGCUCCUGAGGUUCUGUCUGCUUCCCUGGUAUUCUCUAAGCAGGGAGGGGAAUGGUUUUGAUGAGAAGUUUAAGUCAAAGAUGAAAGUACAGCUGUUGGCCUGAUCCCAACCGUAGCCCUCUCUUCGCUUCCCAGGCCAUGGGCCAUGGAUGGAACUUCCUUAAAUAUUUAUGUAAAUAAGCUAGUACUAUGAUCUGCGUGGAGUGACCUUAGGUGUCUGUCACCACUCAUUGUGUUCCUUUGCUCACUUCAUUCACUCACUCACUCAUUGACAAAUAAUGCUCAUUAGGCACUGGGAACACAGCAAAGAGCAAAGUGGAUGAGGACCUCCCCCUGGGGAUGCCGCCUAAUGGUGGAGACAAGAAAUGAACAACGGAUAAACAUGCACAGUUAUUACAGAUGGAAGCAAAUGCUCCGAAAGAAAUAAACAGAAUGUUGAAGUAGAGUCCACAGAAAGGUCCCUAAAGGAUGAAAAUGCAAAUAGCUGAAGGAGAAGGAAAAGUGACCAAAGGCAGGCCUGGCGGGGCUGGCAUGAGUCAGAGCACCUGGCCUUGUAAAGCCAGGAAGGAAUCAGUAUUUUAUUCUAAGAUCAAAGGUGUGACAUUUGGCCUCUCCAGAAGCAGAGGAGUAUCAUGAUCUGACUGCAUUUUAAACAAUUGUUCUGGUAACUGCAUGAAGAAGGUCUGGGGACUCACACAUGAGCCAGGAGCUCUUGAGCCACCCAUUUGGAAUUUCACAGAGGCACACAAGGCAGCCUAUUCUGUGUGGCACAACUGAUCAGGAAUUCUAGGAGUUCUCGGUGAGAUCAAUGGUUUUUUUCUGGCAUUUAUGUAAUGCUUCUCAACUCAAGGGGUUCCUUUAUUACUUUGGAAUGUUUUUGCCCACAUAUCUAUACCAAAGAUAAAUUUCUAAAACAUGA